UGCAACUCAACAUUAGACAGUUGCAAUCGACCUGGGUGCAGAAGACGGUAGCUAGGCCAAAGUCAGAUCAAACCAUUAUACAGAAAAAAUGACUACGUUCUACGCCGUCGUCAAAGGGCGAAAGACUGGAUUGUUUCAUACUUGGGAGGAAUGUGAAUCUCACGUGGAAAACUUUGCCGGGGCACAUUUCCAAAAGUUUGACAGCCAAGAAAAGGCUGAAACAUUUCUCAAAGAUUCACUUCUGGUUGACACUAAGAAAAAUCUGUACGUCGUCGCCAGAGGCAAAAUACCUGGUAUCUACUGGGAAUGGUCCCACGCCCAAAAGCAACUGGUUGGAACACCCAGAAACAAGUACAAGAAAAUUGACAACCUGGAAGAUGCUGAGCUGUUCUACGACGACCAUCGCGACAAGUGAUAUUCUCCUGUGUUGAAAAAACAAA